GUCUGAUACAGGACUCGAUCCCAGGACCCUGGGAUCAUGACCUGAGCCGAAGGCAGACGCUUCACCGACUGAGCCCCCCAGGCGUCCCUCCUUUCUUUUCUUUCUUCCUUUCUCUCUCUCCCCCAAAGGAGUAAAAAGCAGUGUUUGGAUACCUGUCUUCCUUAAGGAUGGAAAGAAGUUCAAGAUUUUUGUUUUUGUUUUUUAAACUUACUCUUUUAAUAUCUUCUCAGGUGCUCUUCUCUUGUUCUUUCUGCUGCUCUGGAUGCGGAGCACGCUGUCUGAAGACCAGCCUUGUCUAGAGAGGAAAUUUAAUUCUGAAAGCUUCAGACGGAGUGAAAAGCCUUUCAGAAUUUUUCUUUGGCUGCUGAAGGCAUUACUCAUGGUUACAUUACCUUAGAAGUUUUGCACAUUGAGCUCUUAAUUCUGUUACCAAAUGUGAAUUUAUAAAAUGCAUUGUGUUUCCCAUGGGGCCUGUUACCCCAGGCUUCUUGGAGAAUGUCUUAGUUCUCUGCAGCUCCCAAAGUGUGCACUGGUGCUUCGGAGGGAAUGUUGUACGUCCCUGUGCAAAAAAAUUGUUGGAGGCCAAAUCCCGAAUCUGAAAGUUCUAUUGUGUUACUCCGUUAAGGUUCCAAAUGAGAGCCUUAAGAAGACCCAUAGGGAGUGGACCAAGACUAUCGUUUAAUUGUGCUACUGGAAACUUUGCUGCCAGAAGAGGCAGCUCCAUUCCUCUGACCCCCAUGUCGGACUGUUGGACUAUUAACAGCUGCAUUUCUCUGUGGUUUUUUUUGUGUGUGGUGCUUUUUUUUUUCUUUUCUUUUCUUUUUUUUUUUUUGCAGGAGCAUGUGCACUGCUGGGCCAUAUGCACAGACAUCGUGACUCUUGAGAUCUUUACCACAUCACAAUUAAUAAACUGCUUUGCGCUUUCUGGCUACUUUUUGGUGUGUGUCUACUUAUAAAAUUAGAGCUGUUAUAUGCAAGGGGAGGAGGUUGUGGUUUCCAGCAGCAAGCAGCCGUUCGUCUCAGCUGUACCCCUGCAAGAACCUGCAUAGAUUCAGUGGUCUGCUGGAGCCAGCUCACACAGCAAGAGCUGAUGGUUAAAUUUUUAGGAAUUUUGCAAGCCUAUUGUUAAAUGGUAGCUUGAAAUAGGCCAUGGUGGGAGUAUUUACGUAAGUUGCUGGCUUACCGUGCAACCAUGUGGCAUAGUCCUUGAGAGAGCAAGUAUUCAACAACUUUUCUUUUUAUUAUUUUUUAAAGAUUUUAUUUAUAUAUUUGAGAGACAGAAAGAGCAGGAGUGGGGGGAAACGGCAGAGGGAGAAGGACAUGCAGGCUCCCCGCAGGGAGCCCCAUGAGGGGCUUGAUCUCAGGACCCUGGGAUCAUGACCUGAGCCGAAGCAGACGCUUAACUGACUGAGCCACCCAGGCGCCCCUUUAACAACUUUUUGAAUGAUACAGGAGAGUUCCAAAAAAAUAGGUGGCCAUGUGUAGGUCAAGCCAAGGUUGAAGGUGUGUACAUUGAGAACACUUACUUUGAAGUGGCAAAUUACAAGCAAAAGAUACCUUGAAGUGAAGAAGCUUUGUGUUCUUAUCUAUGAUGUCCAAAUUGCGCAAGGGGUUCUGUGCAGGAAUAACGCACUACCUGUGUUUUGUAAAUGCUGACAUCACAUGGUCAGAGGAAAUCAACAUGGUAAGUUGGAGGACUGAGCAGGCCUAUCCUUGGAGGCAGGGAUUGAGUGGCUGGCUAUAUUGUAUUGCCGGGUUGAGAGAAAAAAAUGAGAGCUAAUUUUUUUCUCGGGGAAUGUUCGCCUAAUGCUGUUGGAGACCUCGCCCUCGCCCUCGCCCUCGCACUCAGAGAGCUUGUAAUCUAGAAGGGGAGAUGGCAAGUACGCAGGUCUGGAAUAUGAGGCUCUCCUCACCACUUCAGAAUGCACGCAAGUCUCUGGAGUCGGACUGGGGUACUGCACUCGUAGCAGAGUUCCUGCGUUGCUUCCCCCGGGUGCCUCUCCUCACGGAUUGAAAAAUUGGCGAGCGGCAUGUUUUGCCCACUGAAACUCAUCCUGAUGCCAGUGUUACUGGGAUGACUAUGUGCUGUACUAUUAUGCCAACCUCAGCGUGCCUGUGGGGCGCUUCCAGAAUCGUGUGCGCUUGGUGGGGGACGUCUUACGCAAUGAUGGUUCUCUCCUGCUCCAAAAUGUGGAAGAAGCUGACCAGGGAACCUAUACCUGCGAAAUCCGUCUGGAAAAGGAGAGCCUGGUGUUCAAAAAAGCAGUGGUGCUGCAUGUACUACCGGAGGAACCCAAAGAGCUCACAGUCCAUGUGGGUGACUCGACUCAGCUGGGGUGUGUUUUCCAGAGCACAGAAGAGAAACGCAUGACCAGGGCAGACUGGACGUUCUCAUCAGGAGCACACAUGAAGGAGGAGGUUGUAUUAUGUUAUUACCCCAAACCCAGUGUCCCUGUGGGGUACUUCCAGGGCUGGGGCCGCUUCCAGAACCGUGUGACCCUGGUGGGGGACACUUCCCACAAUGAUGCGUCUAUCCUGCUGCAAGGAGUGAAGGGAUCGGACAGAGGAAGCUACACCUGCAGUAUCCACCUGGGGAACCUGACCUUCAGGAAAACCACCGUGCUGCGCGUGAUCGUGAAAGAGCCCCAAACAUCGGUGACCCCACGAGCCCUCAGGCCUGAGAUCCUGGGUGGUAAUCAGCUGGUGAUCAUCGUGGGGAUUGUCUGUGGCACUGUCUUGCUGCUUCCUGUUCUGAUAUUGAUCGUGAAGGGGACCCACAGGAAUAAGAGCUCAGUAACCUCCACAACCCUGGUGAAAAGCCUGGAGAACGUAAAGAAGGCUGAUCCAGAGAAACAUGUUUACUCCUCGAUAGCCACACGGGAGCAGAUCGAGGAAGAAGAAUCCAGUGGAAAAGCAGAGGCCACCUACAUGACCAUGCACCCAGUUUGGCCUUCUCUGAAGUCAGCACCAAAUAACCCACCUGAAAAACAUCAGCUGGGGGAAUUCUAAAACCAGAGUAGACGCUUGAGAAGAAAGGAGAGUUCCUUUUGUGCUUAGCACCGGCAGAGACUCCCCUGUGUGUCCUGAGUUACUGGACGGGUCAUCUCGGGACCCCCCUGCCCCCCAAGUUGUUCUCUUGCCUCAUUGGUCGAAGGGCUGAAGAAGGAGGGUUCAGAACCCGGCAGAAAGAUGGGACAGCUUGGGAGGGACAGCCCCGACAGAGGGAAGCAUGGAUGCAGUCCUUCCAGACUGGGACGCUGGCCCUGGGGACCCUGGCUAAGCAGCUGUGGCGGCCUCAAGCAUUUCAUCAGAUCCUCUAUUUCGACGGUGUUCUUCGUGGAUGGGAAGAAUCACAGAAAUAAAAACCAACCCAAAUGAUUCCUUUGGCAAAUUACCCCUAAAUAAAUGUGGCUUGUGGAAAUCA